GGAUAUGUGAAGCAUACAAAAAUCUAAAAUGUAAAAAAAGGUAGCUGGGCUGAGUUGAGAAAAUUGAAAAUGUGAACCAUGUGAUUGAUAAACAGUCUCUGGUUUCAAAUUGGCUUUGGGUAGUUGGUUAAGGCCCUAGAUCCUUCUUUGGCUCACCCUUGGCUCACCCAGUACGUCAGCGUAGGCACUAAAUCUUGCGCUAUAAAUAACCAGCUUCCAUCCCUCAAAGCUGCUUAUAAGGUUUUGAGCACGCAUUUGCUUUGCUUUGAAGCUAGAAAAAGAGUUAAAAUAAUUAUGAAUCCAACAAUGACAAGAUUGCCAGAAGAAGAGCACCCUAACAAGGCUUUUGGAUGGGCUGCCAGAGACAGUUAUGGUGUUCUCUCUCCCUUCAAAUUUUCCAGAAGGGCAACAGGUGAGAAGGAUGUAGCCUUCAAGGUGCUUUAUUGUGGGAUUUGCCAUUCUGAUCUUCAUAUGGCCAAGAAUGAAUGGGGUACUUCCAUCUACCCUCUUGUUCCUGGUCACGAGAUUGCCGGUGAAGUGACGGAGGUGGGAAGUGAGGUCCAAAAGUUCAAAGUUGGAGACCGUGUUGGGGUUGGGUGUCUGGUCGGGUCAUGCCGUUCCUGCGAUAGCUGCAAAGACAAUCUUGAGAACUAUUGCCCCAAAAUGGUACUUACUUACGGAGCCAAGUACUAUGAUGGAACUAUUACAUACGGAGGCUACUCCGACACUAUGGUUGCUGACGAGCACUUUAUUGUCCGCAUACCUGAUAACAUGCCUCUUGAUGCUGCCGCUCCACUGCUCUGUGCUGGGAUUACAGUGUAUAGUCCAUUGAGAUAUUAUGAACUCGAUAGGCCUAGUUUGCACAUCGGUGUGGUUGGACUGGGUGGACUCGGUCAUGUUGCAGUAAAAUUUGCCAAGGCAAUGGGGGUUAAAGUUACAGUGAUCAGCACAUCUCCGAAUAAGAAGAAAGAAGCUUUGGAAAAUCUUGGUGCAGAUUCGUUUUUAGUCAGUCGAGACCAAGAUCAACUUCAGGGUGCCAUUGGCACAUUGGACGGAAUCAUAGACACAGUGUCAGCUCAACACCCUGUGCUGCCAUUGCUUGCGCUGUUGAAGUCUCACGGGAAGCUUGUUCUUCUUGGUGCUCCAGAGAAACCACUUGAGUUGCCUGUGUUUCCUUUAAUCCAAGGGAGGAAAGUAAUAGGAGGAAGCUUGAUCGGAGGGAUGAAGGAAACUCAAGAGAUGAUUGAUUUCGCAGCUAAACAUGACGUAAAACCUGACAUUGAAGUUAUAGCUAUGGAUUAUGUGAACACAGCUAUGGAACGCCUUCUUAAAGCGGAUGUCAAAUAUAGAUUUGUGAUCGACAUUGGAAAUACAUUGAAAAUUCCUUCUUGAAGUGCUUUUAUUCUUAUUAUUGGAUAACAAAUUGGAAGUACAGGACCAAAUGUUUUUGUUGUACUAGUAGAUAUUGCAAUAUCAGCUAAUAUGUAAUAUGUUAUAAUUCAAUAAAUAAAUCAUUCAUGAUCUUUGUUUGAA